UAUCACUACUCCAAGAAAGGAUGAAAGAACUAAGCGCAGAAGAGAUCAAGAAGCAUUCCAACUCAAGUUCAUGUUGGAUAGUCAUCCACAAACAAGCAUACGACCUAACCGAAUUCUUACCAGAACAUCCAGGUGGACAAGCUAUCCUACUCAAGUAUGCUGGAAUGGAUGCCAGUGACGUUUAUGAUCCUAUUCAUCCUCCGGGAACCAUCGAGGAAUAUCUAGAUAAGCAGCAUCAUAAAGGACGCGUGAAAGAGACCGAUCUAAAGAUGUUACAACCGGACGAUAGUACUAAGAAUAAGAGUAAACAAGGCUCAUCAAACGACGAAGCGGAUCAUGUGCCUAGUCUCUCGAGUUGUUUAAGUCUCUACGAUUUCGAGUCGAUUGCGGUUUCAAGAAUGACUGCCCAGGCAUGGGCGUACUACUCCUCCGGAUCUGACGAUGAAAUCUCGUUACGCGAAAAUCGGGCGGCGUUUCAACGGGUCUGGUUUAGACCAAGAAUCUUAAGAGAUGUAAGACGGAUAGAUUAUUCGUGUGAAUUACUCGGUUGUAAGUCCAGUAUGCCUAUAUAUAUCACAGCUACAGCACUAGGAAAACUAGGACAUCCAGAAGGAGAAAAGAACCUAACGAUCGCGGCUGGCCAGGAAGGAAUAAUUCAAAUGAUACCGACCUUAGCCUCAUGCGCCUUUGAAGAACUCGUCCAAGCUCGGGCAGAAUCUCAGAACCAAUGGUAUCAAGUCUAUGUCAAUCAGGAUCGCGAGAAAACCAAGAAGCUGAUCCUGAAGGCUGAACGUGCCGGGAUCAAGGCUUUCUUUAUUACCGUCGAUGCGCCUCAAUUAGGCCGUCGUGAAAAGGAUAUGAGACUCAAGUUUGAAGACCUAGGCUCGGAUGUCCAAAAUAAAGAGAACGAGAAAGUAGACAGAUCUCAAGGUGCCACCAGAGCUAUCAGCAGCUUUAUCGAUGCUAGUCUUAGUUGGGAUGAUAUUCCUUGGUUGAGGAGUAUCACUAAGCUUCCUAUACUCUUGAAAGGGGUUCAAUCAUGGGAGGAUGCGGUGAUGGCCAAAGAGCGCGGAUUACAAGGGAUAGUACUCUCGAAUCACGGAGGAAGACAGCUAGACUACAGCCGAUCAGGACUAGAAGUAUUGGUAGAAGUCGUCGACAAGUUGCGAGAAUUGGGCUCCUGGAAUCCGCGAGAGUUUGGGGUGUUUAUGGAUGGAGGAGUGCGACGGGCGAGUGAUGUGUUGAAAGCGUUGUGUCUAGGCGCAACGGGGGUCGGACUAGGACGACCGUUUCUGUACGCAUAUUCGGUCUAUGGAUCCCAAGGAGUGGUCCGGGCUAUCCAAAUCCUUAAAGACGAAAUGGAGAUGAACAUGCGACUUAUCGGUGCUCCUACUCUCGCCGACUUGUCCCCCGAUAUGGUCGAUAUCUCCGCUCUUAAGAAUAGAGUCAUCGACUCCACUCCUGACUUCAAGGCCCGGCAAAAUUACAUCCCUCUACCUAAAAUCACAGCAUCCAAACUUUAAAUGGAUUUUUGUUUUUGUUUGGAAGUCUUGGGAUUGACUUGUUUAUCUACAAAGGGUAACAACAAUUGGAUUGGACAAUCACUUAUGAAGCUUGUCUAUAGACUAUAUACUCACUCUGAUCAUUCUAAUUUGCUCCCUUUUUUUCUUUCUUUGCAUUGCUUUCAUCCCAGCCAAAAUAUUGUAUACUAUCUCUAUCCAUCACAACUGACCUCUAAAUCAUCUCUCCAAUUUUUGUAUUAUGCUUAUAGUUUCAGUUUUCUUUGGAGUUUCUUACAUCAAUCCUCUUCUUUACAAUCGCACAUUGUUAUUUCUCUCUUGAUUAUGUAUAUAUUUCAUGUAUUUUGCAUAUUUACGGACACACGUGUUUUGAUAUACUAUGGAUUGUUUUCAAAAUAGUCAACACUUAG